GUCUGAGACGGUCUGCCGGUCACUGCGGGUUUACAGGCGUGCAGAAGUCCGCAGAGUUGUAGAGGUCUGAACAGGGUUAGAGGUCUUGAGAGGGUUAGAGGUCUUGAGAGGGUUAGAGGUCCGAAGACUUUUACAGGUCUUGAGAGUUGGACGACUCGGAGGUUUCGGUGGUUUUGAAGUUUUGUCGGAUUUCCAGGUUUCAUCAGUUUUUCUUGCGUCUCCUGAGGACCAGAUCGGAGACCAGAUCGGAGACCAGAUCGGAGACCAGAUUGGAGACCAGAUUGGAGACCGGCAGCAUGUGGGAGCUUCAGCUUUCGGUGCUGCUCGUCCUGCAGGUAUUCAUCUACGCUCAGGAUGGGGGGGCCUCAGGAAAAAGCGCUCAGGAUGAUGUCAGCCUUCCAGGGUUCAGUGACGUGUGCACAGAGGGCAGCUGUUACCCAGCAACAGGAGACCUUCUGAUUGGCAGAGCCCACCAACUGUCAUCCACUUCCACCUGUGGAAGGAAUCGACCCGAACCAUUCUGCAUCGUCAGCCACCUGCAGGAGGAGAAGAAGUGUUUCAUGUGUGACUCUUCUUCGCCGUAUGACGUGCUGAGGAGUCCGACCAGCGGCCAUCGCAUCGAGAACGUUGUCACCACGUUUGCUCCCAACAGACUGAAGACCUGGUGGCAGUCUGAGAACGGUCUGGAGAACGUCACUCUACAGCUGAACCUGGAGGCCGAGUUUCAUUUCACACAUCUCAUUAUGACCUUCAAGACGUUUCGACCUGCUGCCAUGGUGAUCGAGCGCUCAGCUGACUUCGGGAAAACGUGGCAGCUUUAUCGUUACUUCGCCUACGACUGUGAGACCUCCUUCCCCUCUGUUUCCCAGGGACCAAUGCAGAAAGUCGAUGACGUCAUCUGUGACUCGCGUUACUCCGACAUCGAGCCGUCCACUGAAGGAGAGGUAAUUUUCAGAGUUCUGGACCCAGCGUUCAGGAUCGAUGAUCCCUACAGCCCCAGAAUCCAGAACAUGUUGAAGAUCACCAACCUACGGGUGAAGUUCACUAGACUGCACACGCUCGGCGAUAACUUGCUGGACUCUCGUAUGGAGAUUAAAGAGAAGUAUUAUUACGCCAUCUUUGACAUGGUGGUCCGAGGAAACUGCUUCUGCUAUGGACAUGCCUCUGAGUGUGCCCCGAUCCAAGAAGCCGGCCAUAGCAGUGAGGGCAUGGUUCACGGUCAUUGCAUGUGUAACCACAACACUAAAGGUCUGAACUGUGAAAAGUGUCAGGAUUUCUACCACGACUUGCCGUGGAGACCAGCCGAGGGACGCGACACUAACGCCUGCAAGAAGUGUAACUGUAACCAGCACUCCUCCUCGUGUCACUUCGACAUAGCCGUGUUCGUGGCUUCAGGAAACAUCAGCGGAGGAGUAUGUGAUGGCUGUCAGCACAACACGGCCGGACACAACUGUGAGCAGUGUCAGCCGUUCUACUACCAACAUCCAGAGAGGGAUGUCAGAGACCCCAACGUCUGUCAAUCCUGUGACUGCGACGCUCAGGGCUCGCUGAGCGGAGGAACCUGUGACUGGACGACGGACGUGCGAGCCGGUCUGAUUGCCGGUCAGUGUCGCUGUAAAGACAACGUGGAAGGGGAGCGAUGCGGGCGCUGCAAGCCGGCGCACUACGGGAUGGGCGACGAGCCGGAAGGCUGCAAGGCGUGUAGCUGCAGUUCCGUGGGAACACUUCCUGGAGGAAAUCCCUGCGACAGUGAAACAGGAAGCUGUUUCUGUAAACGUCUGGUGACGGGACAAGACUGUGACCAGUGUGUGUCUGAACACUGGGGUCUCAGUAAUGAUAUGGAUGGCUGCAGACCAUGUGACUGUGACCUUGGAGGAGCCAUCAACAACCAGUGUGAUCAGGUGAGUGGACAGUGUGUCUGCAGAGAUCACAUGUUCGAUCGACGCUGCGAUCAGGUCGAGUCUGGAUUCUACUUCAUCGCUCUGGAUCACUACACCUAUGAGGCAGAGGACGCCAAGUUUGGACCUGGAGUGAUAGUGGUCCCAAGACCCCAUCCUCUGGAUCGCAGUCCCACAUGGACAGGUAUUGGCCUGGUCAAUAUACCAGAGGGGGCCUUCCUGGAGUUCUCUGUGGACAACAUUCCCCACUCCAUGGAAUACGACAUCCUCAUCCGCUACGAGCCUCAGCUGCCUGACCAAUGGGAGGAGGUUCUGAUGACGGUGAUGAGGCCAGGACCAAUCAGAGCAGACAGUCGCUGUGUCAACACCGUGCCAGACGACGACCACCAGAUGAUCUCUCUCCAUCCCGGCUCACGAUAUGUGGCUCUUCCCAGACCCGUUUGUUUUGAAUCGGGUCUGAACUACACAGUCCGCCUCAGUCUGGCUCUGUACUCAGCCCUCAGUGACGUCCUGUCUCCUUAUACACUCAUUGACUCGAUCGUGUUGAUGCCUCACUGUAAGAACCUGGAGAUAUUCUCAGAUUCAGUAGGAGACUCCAGUGUGAACAGUGGUUGGGAAACUUUUCAGCGUUAUCGUUGUCUGGAGAACAGCCAGAGCAUAAUCAAGUCGCCGAUGACCGACAUCUGCAGGAACUUCAUCUUCAGCAUCUCAGCCAUGUUGCACCAGGGAGCUAAAGAAUGCCACUGUGAUCCUCAGGGCUCCCUUAGCACCGUGUGUGAUCCCAGUGGGGGUCAGUGUCAGUGUCGCCCCAACGUGGUCGGCAGGAACUGUGACCGAUGUGUUCCGGGCACAUUCCAGUUCGGACCCAACGGCUGCAGAGCAUGUGCCUGUGACCCUCAGGGUUCACAGAGUUUGUUCUGCGACCAGCUGACUGGUCAGUGUGUUUGUGUUUUGGGAGCGUACGGUCGGCAGUGUGAUCGCUGUCUGCCGGGGCACUGGGGCUUCCCCUCCUGCCGACCUUGCUCCUGCAACGGACACACCGAAGACUGCAACCCCGACACCGGAAGCUGCAUCAACUGCCGGGACCACAGCACUGGGCACACCUGUGACAGGUGUCUGGAUGGUUACUAUGGGGACCCGGUGUUGGGGUCAGGUGACCACUGCCAUCCCUGCAUGUGUCCCGAUGGCCCCGCCAGCCUGCGGCAGUUCGCAGGAAGUUGUUAUGACGGUAACUCCCAGCAUACCAUCUGCGCCUGCAACACCGGAUACAGAGGUUCUCGCUGUGACGAGUGCUCACCUGGUUACUAUGGAAACCCCGGGGAGGCGGGGGGGCAGUGCCAGCAAUGUCAGUGCAACAACAACAUCGACGUGUUGGACCCGGAGUCCUGCGAUGGCCGAACCGGCGAGUGUCUGCGUUGCCUUCACCACAGUGAGGGUGCCGGCUGCCAGAGCUGCAAGCAGGGCUACUACGGCAACGCACUGCUGCAGGACUGCAGGAAGUGUGUUUGUGACCAACUGGGCAGCGACUCCUCUGGCUGUCCGUCACCCGGCAGCUGUCCCUGCGAGCGUAGCAGCGGUCGGUGUCGCUGCCUACCCAACGUCACCGGGCAGCACUGCGACCGCUGUGCAGUAGACACCUGGAACCUGGCGAGCGGACACGGCUGCCAGAGCUGCGGCUGCGCCUCCGCACACUCGUACGGGACGUCCUGCAAUGAGGUCAGCGGCCAGUGUUCCUGUCAGCCCGGCUUUGGAGGAAGAACAUGCAGCGAGUGUAGAGAGCUGUUCUGGGGAGACCCAGCGGUCCAAUGUCACGCGUGCGACUGUGAUCCUCGCGGUGUCUCCGAGCCGCAGUGUAACAAAGCCAGCGGUCACUGCGUUUGUGUGGACGGGGUUUCUGGUCCACGCUGCGAUGUAUGCAGCCGCGGCUUCUCUGGAACCUUCCCCGACUGCCACCGCUGCCAUCAGUGCUUCAGCGAGUGGGACAGCAUCAUCGGUCAGCUGACCAAUCAGACGCACCGUCUCGUCAACAAGGUCAACGCCGUGAAAGCCAGCGGAGGCAGCGGACCAUACAAGAAGUCCAUCGAGAGCAUGGAGAGGAGUGUCGCCGACGUCUGGGUCCUCCUGAACCAGAACCCGGCCUCUCAACCACUGACUGAGACCCAGGAGCUGCUGCAACAAGCCAGUGACCUGAUGGGGGCCCUGAGCCGGAUGUUGAACCACACUGAACAGACUCUGGUCCAGGUGGAGGACGAAGACUCGGCUGCAGAAACUAAACUGGAAUCUGUGACGUCGGAUGCACAGAAACUGGAGCGGACAGUUCAAGAGUUGCAGGAUCAGGUUGAGUUCAUCAAGAACUCUGACAUCAAAGGGGCCACAGACAGCGUCUCAAAGUACUUAGAGAAGUCUCUGGCAGCUGAAGUCCGAGCGAACGCCUCCACCAUUGAUCCCGGCAGCGCGGUGGAAACCUCCAGCGCUCUACGGCAACUCACAGUGGACAAACUGAACCAAACCAGAGAGGAAUUCCUGAGGAGACACACUGAGCAUGCUCAGAGACUGGACGACCUGGCCGGAGAGCUGCAGACUCUGGACCUCUCGGAGAUCAGCCACAAGACUUGCGGCAGUCCAUCAUCAGGUCAGCACUCAUGCUGGUCCUCUCCCUGUGGAGGUCUGGGAUGUGUGGACUCUGAGGAUUGGACCUGGUGUGGAGGUGAUGGGUGUGACGGCGUGAAGACGGCGGCCAGCAGUAUCUGGAGGAAGACCCGAGACUCUGAGCAGGAGAUCAUCAGUGCCAUGGAGGAAGUGGAGAAACUCUCCAAGAUGGUGUCGGAGGCCAAGGAGAAAGCGGACGAGGCAAAGCUGAGUGCUCAGGACGUCCUGAUGAAGACUAACAGGACCAAACAGAAAGUCCAGCAGAGCAACGAGGAGCUGAGAGGCCUCAUCAGGCAGAUCCGGGACUUCCUCACACAGGACGCUGCAGACCUGGAGAGCAUCGAGUUAGUGGCUAACGAGGUUCUGGCCAUGCAGAUGCCAACUACGCCGGCUCAGCUGCAGAACCUGACCGACGACAUCCGGCAGAAGGUGGGAGAGUUGGGAAACGUGGAGAGCAUCCUGCAGCAGAGCGCCGCCGACAUUCAGAGAGCCGAGAACCUGUUGGACCAGGCCCGCCGAGCCAGUGAGGAGGCAGCAGGUGUGAAGGACUCUGCAGUGAAAGUGAAGCGCGCUCUAGAGGAAGCUGAGAGGGCUCAGACUGCCGCCAACAGUGCCAUCCAGCAGGCUGCCGCUGACAUCCAAACCACCAACCAGCUGGUGUCCACGGUGCAGUUGGAGACGGCCCAGGCAGAGUUGAAGCUGACUAACGCCACCCAAAGGCUGCAGAGGCUCGAGCAGGACGUGACGCUGCUGAGAGACAAAGAUCUGAAUGUCACUGUGAGCACUGAACGCACCAAUCAGGACGCAGCGAGCAUCAGAAAGGUGGCUGAGGAAGUGAAGAAGGAUCUGGACUCGGAGGUGAAGAAGAAGUAUGCCAAAGUGGAGCAGCUGAUUGCUCAGAAGGCAGGGGGCGUGGCUAAUGCUAAGAAGAGGGCGGAGUCACUGCAGCUAGAAGCCAAAGAGCUGCUGCUGAAGGCCAGUGACAAACUGCAGCUGCUCAAAGACCUGGAGAAGUCUCACGAAGACAACCAGCGGACUCUGGAGGUGAAGGCGGAGCAGCUGGUGGACCUGGAGGUGGCCGUGAAGGAGCUGCUUCAGGAGAUCAGCCACAAGGUCACCAUCUACUCCACCUGUCUGUUCUAGGGUCAAAGGUCACCAUCUACUCCACCUGUCUGUUCUAGGGUCAAAGGUCACCAUCUACUCCACCUGUCUGUUCUAGGGUCAAAGGUUGCAUCUACUCCACCUGUCUGCUGUUUUUGGUGAAAUUGUUUUCUCGAUCAUGAAGUCAUAAAUGAACGACCUGUUGACCUUUGAAUCAACAAAUCUGUAGUGACCUCUUUUAAUAAUCAAGGAGAGAGACGUUCAUUUAAAAAUCAAAUGAGCGUGUUUGAAUGAAAACAAAGCUAUUCAAUGUUUAACUUUCAGCUAGUUUUUAAAAUGUGCAGUCUGCUGCAUUUACACACACAGAUAAUGUUAAGUAGCUAUAAAAUAUAAAGCAGCACUUGGUUUAUGUUAUUCUUGAUAUUAAAACAGAACCUUUCCUAUAGCUUCAGUAAAGUUUUUUAAUUUGUGCUUUUUAGUUUUUAAUAUCUUUGUGACUGUAAUAAAUCAAAGUAACAAACUGUCGAACAUUUAAGUUUAUAGUUAUGACACAGUGAAUGUUAAAACCAUGUGAAUUACUUACUCCUUUUAUAUUUCCUGUGUUUUCUUUUGUCAUUUCUCUGUGGCCAAAACUUUGAACCUAAAUGAUUUUUAAUAAACGCUUCUAGGUAAAAUCCC